AUCAUGAGAAUCACAGGAGGAUCUGCUGGCUUCCUUGAUGCCACAGUUCUGGUUCUCAUCUGGCUGACAAAGCAGACAGUGGGCUCGGUUUGGCUCUCUGCUCCAGAGGUGGUGACUGUGGCAAACGGAGGAUCCAUGACGGUCGCUUGUCGGUAUGAUCCUUGGUACAAAGGCUACACAAAGUACUGGUGCAGAGGAGCGGUGUAUAUCCUGUGCAACAUAGAGGCGACAACCACCUGGGAUGGAGGCAGAAGCUUCAUCGCUGAUAAUAAGGAGGCAGGAGUCUUCACUGUUACCCUGACUUCGGUCCGCUACAGGGAUGAGGAUGUGUACUGGUGUGUCAUCAAACAAUUUGGAGGAGAUAUCAAAACUCCAGUCCAGCUCCAAGUCUCCGACACAGUCACAGAGGUGAGACCCACAGAUGACACGACGGCACUGAAUCAGGAUGAAAUAGGUUGGUGGGCGACUCUACGCUGGAUCCUCUUUAUUUUAAUGUUGGGCUGUUUGAUAUCAACUCACAUUGCUGUGUGGCGGAUAAAAACUGCGAAGAAAAAGAAGAACAUGUCGGCAACAACAACUUCACCAUCACAAGUCACUUCAGUGAACAAUUAUGAAUGAAAGUCAGGCAGCACCAUAUUUCUAAUCAUGCGUGAAUUAUAACCGUGUAAGGCCACAGAACCAUUCCUCCAGCAGACACUCUAUCAGGGUGUGAAUUAAACUGAUAAAAUAAACCAAGUGAAAAGUUGGCUUCCAGCUUCUCUUUUCUUGUAUUUAAAUGAUUAGAAUCUCAUUAAUUUUAGUGCCGUGCAAAAGAUAACUCUGGAUUCAACUUUUGAAUAUAGCACGUCUGGAAAACUGAAGCCCCUGACUAUCAUUUAAUGCACAUGCAGAUAUUAUAUGGAUGGUCAUAAAGGCCUGUUCUUCUAAAAUUAAGCCACCAGGUCUGAGGGUUUGUUACUGAAUCUGUGAGUGUUGUACUUGUGCUGCAAACAGGGACGCAGAAUACAAAUCCCUCAUGGCCCAACUCAUGUGAAGUGCUGCUUUUAGAACAAUAAAACAACACCAAUUAAUGGUUGAUUUUUAAAACACACAGUGAUUUUUACGUACAAUUAAAAGCUUAUUAUGUUCAAAAUCCCGAAAAAAAUGUUGCAUAUUACUCUUAAAGAAAGGUAGUGAUGACUUUAAUUAUUUAAACCACACUAUGAGCUGUUGGGGCUGUAAAAUGUCAUAAUUAAGGGCCAACUGUUCAACUUGUAUUCUCCAAUUGCACAGGAAGAAAAUGGUUAACACAACUUUCCCCAAACCUCUGAUUUGCUUCCAGCACUAAACCAUGUAUUUAAGGAAAUAAAGACAU